AUGGCUGGGGACCCCCCUCACGUGCACCUCUGGCACCAUUACCGUUACACUGAACGCAGGGCGCAUAUCCCGAGCGUGAGACCUCAAACUUACAUCAGCCUCCCCUUUCAACGUCCCUUGCAAAAACAGUUCAACAUACGCCUACAUUCUGAUCCAAAUCCUUCGUUAUUGCCAAGCAACAGACGAGUAACGAAGGCGUCCAUACCGGCAGAAUCAUCACCACAGAAGACAAUCCCCAACAGAGAUGCAAUUGCGUUAAAUGUGGCAACGAUGAAACGCGAGUGGCGAUUCGUAAUCUGGGUUGCCUUCGCUCUGGUGGCCCUGGCAAUGCCUACGUGCGUCACUUCCGCAGCUGUGGCAGAAACCAAAUGCAGCGGCUCUCAGACAGAGUGUCGAUACGUCUGGCGUGAGAAAUGGCGAGUGUGCUUAUAUGGAUCAGCAGGGGAGGUCUGUCAAGAUCCGCUACACCGAAUAUCCUGACGGGAGGCUGGAGGCCGAGAUCCCUGGCGAAGGACCCUUGCAGGACCCAGCAGGAGAGUUGGCUCGAUGCAGGGAGGCGGUGAAGGAGAGCCAUCGUCAAGUGCAGGACCGGAUUCAACAAACACAGCAAGCGUUGGACCGCAACAGAGCUUUCCUUCGCCAUGUGAUCGAUAACUUUGCCAGAAGAAUUCCUCCAUUUGUAGACGGACAGGAUGCUCUAUUGGCGAGAGAGAUGUUGCCUUGAGAGCGAGAGGCUGUGCCCUGAGACUCUUUGAGGUCUUAACUGCGGAGGGAACGAGACAUCACAUUACACUUCAUGAUGUCCCAUAGACCUGGUUCGGCGUUAUAUAUAUAGAAACCUGGUCAUUAUGAUAUGGAACUUUGCAUUGUUAUGUAUUUCUUGUCAUUAUUAUUAUCGUUUUUUUUUUUCUAGGUUCAAGCUCUGUUUAUAAAAGGAAAGGAUGAUGGCCUUUUAUCCAAGUUGUUAGGAGUUUCGUUUAUAUAUAUGAAUGGCGUAUCGGAGCAAAUAUGAAUACUGUUUUCUCAUGGUUCCAAGAUGACUAUGAAUGUACGAAUUCAGCAAACGAGUCGCCUGAAUGAACGAGAGGAACAAAAUAGCCAUACCUAUAUAGCACUACGAAAGGGCAGAUUAUAUCAUUCUGGUUCCAAACGUUGACACGACGCGAUAUCAAUAAAGUCUGUAAACUACA